AUGGUAAAUAAAGGCAACGAGGUGGGUGUUAUUCGCUACUUUUGCUCGGCCGGUUACGGAAUGGAACAGUUUGUUGUAGACGAAGUGACGGGGAAGCUGGAAGCUCAAGACAUUGAGCGGUUGCAAGGUAAAGUGUUGUUCAGCUCCUCCGCAAACAUUAGCCGAGUCAAGCAGCUCAAGUCAGUGGAAAGACUCUUCCUGUUGAUAAAGCGAGAUUCACCUCUCAAAAUGUCUGCUCAUGCCAACCCAGCCCGAGUCGCAUCUGUGCUGAAGUCAACGCUGAUGGGUGACCAACAACAGUGGAUCCAUGCUGUAAUGACUUGGAAGCGCCUGCAGGGGGUGGUAGCAGACAGGAGGGAAGACGAGGAAAAUGAAGUUCAAGUGAUGAAGAAAAGGAGAAAGAUGGACUUCGAAGAUGAGUUAACUGCGAGAGAACAUGAUCGUGAUGAAACAUCACCUCAAGAAAACCGGGAUUCUUCUCCUCUUCUCUCCUUUCGGGUCAGCUGCAAGUGUUCCGGAGCUUUGUCCCGCUGCCUUAGCGUUCAGGAGGUGAGCAAAGUGUUGGGGGCCAGUUUGAAACAGUUGGGCUGGAAAGUUGACUUGAGGAACCCUCAAAUUGAGAUCACCGUCUAUUUGAAUGACGAUCAUUGUCUGCUGGGUGUACCGCUCACCAGGUUACCGCUCGCUAACCGCAGCUACAUUAAAACCACAGGACUGAGGUCUACGGUUGCCUGGGCGAUGGCCGAACUGGCACACAUUCAGGCAGGUUUCCUUGUACUCGAUCCAAUGUGUGGCGCAGGAACCAUUUUAGUAGAAGCAGCACAGGAACAUAAGCUGGCUUGUUUCCUGGGUUUGGACAUCGAUGACGGACAGCUGAACAAGGCCAGUGACAAUGUGGCAUUUGCUAAGCUAGGAGACAGGACGCACAUUAUCAGAGCUUCGUCUACUGAUAUGCCUUUGUCGAGCGCAAGCGUUGACGCGGUGGUCUGUGACCUGCCAUUUGGGAGGAAGUUUGGCAGCAAAACCGACAUGGCUGCUAGUUUGCCGCUCAUCCUUGCCGAGAUGGAAAGGGUCCUGCGUGUCGGUGGAACCUUGGUGCUCCUUCUCAGUCCUCAACUAUCGUGUGUCUUGAAAAAAAUCCUGACGCACAAAGAGCCUGCUCGAUCAGACCAAGAAUUGCAACGUGGAUCCCAGGGUAUCACGACAAUUCCUACCCAGGGAACAGAGCCUCCUAUUGGGCUUAUGAGCGAAACGUACCCCCCUCUCUACUCUCUGAAGCACCAAGCCACGCUGAGGCUUAGUUUAGGAGCCAUAGAUGGACUUUUACACAAAUAUAUCAAAACUUAUACCUAA